CUUUAACUUUUUCAAAAAUAUGAAUGACGAAAAAGCGAAAAAGUCUAGGCUUAUUGUACUUUCCUUUUGGAUCGUCGUUUUAAUAGGCCUUCCAUUUUGGUGGAAGACGACAGAAGUGUAUAGAGCCAAUCUUCCCUUUUCAGAAAUAGAUGCUUGGUAUAGUCAACAGGCAUGCGACUUUGUGGUGCCAACACGAUUCAAUAUUUAUAUUCCCUCUCAACUUGAGAAAGCCUAUUUUUCCACACAAAUACAAGAGAGAAUCUUGGAUAGAGUGCAAUACAAGCAGAACUUUCCCAUUCAUAUUAAUAUUUAUGAUUCUGAGAAGGAUCGCUAUGAUAAUAGGACAGCGGUUGGUAAUUACUUGAUUUAUAUCAAUCAAAGCGACAAAGAAAGACUUUAUGUUGGUAGUGAGAGAGUGAGCUAUUUGGAUUUGGUGGAUAUAAGCGCAGACUCAAUUGUGAAUGCAUUAGAAAGUGUGAUACCUCCCAUUUAUUUAAGCGACAAUGACAACUUACAAAGGAUAGCCUGCCAUGGUCAAGAAAAAAAGAAUGAUGUGUCAAGCAUGAGGACGUUAAAGUAUGCCCCAGAAUAUGAGAUCACGGUCAGUUUAUUGAACAAUAACCCAGAGAACAUGAAGAUGGAUUGGGAAAUACGUGAAGCACUGAAUGGAUAUUUAAAUCCUUUUUUACAGCAAAUAUCAGAAUUGUCCAACUUUAGCAUCAAUUCACAAAUCCAAAAUUAUGCACCACUUUCACUAAAACCCAAAUACAAGGAGAGAAUUGGAAAACCAAGCUAUUAUUAUUUUGAGCCUCAGCAUUUACCUCAUUUUGUUAAUUCAGCAGAAUGGAACUUGGCAUCAACUGUGACAUCAUCUCCUAAUAUCAACUUUAUUUUAUAUAUUCCUUCACAAGAAGAGGCCCCGCUACGUAUACAUGACACCAAAGGUCAGCCAUUACUUACAAAUUCAUUUUUGAUUCCUCGCUGGGGCGGCAUUGUCAUCAAGAACCCACCCAGAUCAGCAGUAGGCAGCUACAAACUGACUAGAACAGAUCUUCAACCGAUUAUCAAGACUUUUUUAUCACAGCUUCGAGGCUUGAUUGGUGUCAAGGACCUGGAUACGCUCGGAAAGUCAAUUAGCUUUCCUGUUGAAUUUGAAGCGGCCAAGAGAACAGGCAUUACAGCACUUGAGAAAGAUAAUUUAAUACGUACAAGAACCCUCGAAAAUGUUGCCAAUACGAUAUCUACUUUGAAAUCGCUUGGUCAGCUUGUGGAUGAGAUACCCAACAUGGUAGUUCAAGAUCACAUCAGCAGUAAAGUGCAGCAGUCCUUGAACUGUCUUGAUGCCGUACGUCAAUCACUGGAGCACGAGGAUUUUAUGGGCGCAUUGAGGCAUUCAAUCGAAGCUAUCGAGUUGGCAGAAAAGGCAUUUUUCGACCCAACGAUGGUGUCUAUGCUCUACUUUCCGGAUGAACACAAGUAUGCGAUUUAUAUGCCACUGUUUGUGCCUACAUCUGUUCCUUUGAUAUCAGCCUUGAUAAAAGAAAUCAAGAAAUUAAAGAAGAAGAAGGCUGAAAAAGUAAAAGAAGAAUAACGCAUCUUGCAUCUUGCAUCUAAAAAAUAAAAAAGGAGUUAGUCUAAACCAUGUCCUCCCUCUUUUAUUAUUUUUAGACACAUUCUUGACUUGAACUAAAGAUAGCUUAAACCUUAGAAUUUAUAGACUAGCCAGUAUUUCUCGUGCAUCCAUUCAUAACAUUUUAAAUGUCCUAUUUAUCAUAAAUAUUAAUAAUAUAUACAACUGUAUCGCACAAGAG